AUGAAUAUCUUCAGGAGAGUACUCGGAAAAGUAUGGCAGGAUCCCAAUGCAGCCGAAGUAGUUAAGAUAUCAGAAGGACAACUCUAUCUCGUCAGGCCAGGGAACAUACGUAGCUCGAGGGAGUGCAUAUACAAUGAAGCCAUGGCUACCAUUCGGCGCGUCCCGUCUAUCGAGCACAAUUUCCAGCUGGUCAUAACUCGAGUGUACGAAGACGGAGAUCAGGAGCUGUUGGAAGACGAAGACGAAACUGAUGAGGAGCGAGUAUUCUUGAUAAGCGAAGAGCUCGAGUUCCGUUCAGGUGAGACGGAUGGCGAGCCAACGUUCAUCUGGCGUGACCUUGAUGGCGACGUCGAUGAACUAUACGAGUUCGUAGCGGCGGGCACUAACGAGCCCACGCGUGCUUUCUUCGAGACGUGCAUGUAUCGCGCAAUGUACGAACGCAAGCACAAAGCAAGUGCGGACAGCUCGCAGGAUGCCGAUCUAGACCAAUUCAUCUGGCGUCCACCAGCAAAGAAGCCGGCGAGUCAGAUAACUCCCAAGAAAAAGUCGACCAAAGCCCAGGCAGUAUCUGAUAAUCUUUCUAGUGCCAUGACCAACCUUUCUGUGGCCCAAUCCUCGCCGACCAGAAGUCCCCCACGAAGCCCUCCUAAAUCUCAGGCUCCCUUCAGUAGCGCUUCUUUACCGACUAUAUGCGCCCAAGAAGGCGAAGUUUAUUGCUACGAUUAUGAAACCGCCGAAUUUGCCCUCUCCUACGAAGGCAUCAUCAUCGCCAAAAUCGUGGAGCGAACGAAGGGAGCUUUCGACUACUGGUUAAUGGUUACGACUCCAGAGGGCGAGUUGCUCGCUCAUCCUGUCAGCUCGGAUAUGAAUCCGAAGUGGUCGAUGAGAACCCUUUCAUUAACUUGGAAUCACGUUCUCGAUAACGGAACAGUCAGUAGUUGGGUGAUCAGGUUUUAUGAGAAGGAGUCGUAUGAGGCUUUCCAGCAGGCUUUCACAAUUUCCGUGUGGGAGAGCUUGCAUAAAGUGCCGUGGGGGAAAAUAAAGGCGGACGAACAAGCUUAUGUCAUGAGUUCGAAUAAUGAAGACGUAGAAAUGCGCGACGUAGAAAAUGAAGAAGAAGACGAGGAGGAGAUAGCAUCUGAGUUAGAUGCAGAAGAGUCUAGCGAAGACGAGGAAGAGGAAGAAGAGGAAGAUUUACCCCCGCCUCUAGCGAAAGGCGAGCGCAACUCUCAGCUCACUGUCGGAUACAAGGGCGACCGAUCCUAUGUUGUCAGGGGUAACAAUAUUGGAGUAUUCAGUCACUCGGGAGACAACCAGGUUAAAUAUCAUGCAACCAUUAGCAAGAUCGCUACCACAAAAGGAAAAGAGUUCAAGCCCAAGGAGGUCAUGUUGCACGACCAAGAUACUAAGAUGCUCCUUAUGAAUCCUGUAGAUCCAUAUUCUAUCUACAACAUGGACAUCGAGCGUGGCAAAAUCGUCGAAGAAUGGAAAGUCCACGACGAUAUUACCGUUGAUCACAUCGCGCCAGACAACAAGUUCGCUCAAACCACGCGAGAACAAACAGUUGUCGGAGCGUCACACAACGCACUAUUCCGCGUCGAUCCGCGUGUAUCGGGAAACAAGAUGGUCGAUAGCCAGUACAAGCAGUACGCCACUAAAGCGAAGUUCUCGGGCGUUGCCACAACAGAAGGCGGAAAGCUUGCUGUCGCAAGCGAAAAGGGCGACAUCAGGCUGUAUGAUAGUAUUGGGAAGAAUGCGAAAACAGCCUUGCCUCCUCUUGGUGAUCCGAUCCUCGGCAUUGAUGUCACGGCCAAUGGACGAUGGAUCGUGGCUACGACGAAGACGUAUCUUCUGCUUAUUGACACACUCAUUGGUGAGGGUCGGUAUGCAGGUAGCUUGGGCUUUGAUCGAAGCUUCCCUGCUACUGCAAAGCCUGUGCCGAGAAGGCUCCAACUGCGCGCUGAACAUGUUGCAUAUAUGAAUCAUGACAUCAACUUCUCGACUGCCAGGUUUAAUAUGGGAGCGGGUCAGGAAGAAAACGCGAUCGUUACCUCGACGGGGCAGUUCGUCGUUGCAUGGGACUUCGCUAAAGUCAAGAAGGGUCAACUCGACAAAUAUGAAAUCAAGAAGUACGAGGACAUGGUUGUACAAGACAACUUCAAAUUUGGCGACGACAAAGAAAUUAUUGUCGCUUUGCAGAAUAACGUUUUGGCUAUCAAUAAGAAGAAUCUUAAAAGACCUACUCGUACCUCGCUUGCGCCUAGCACGAGUUUUCGGAGUAGAUCAAACAUCGUCAACGCGCCUUACUGAACAUUUUUUUUUCAUUACGUUCACGAUCAUCGUUCCAAACCAUUCCGACUGCUUCGGUGAAUCGAGAGUGGUUAUUUUCAUUUAAACAAUCUCUGUGACUAAAGGAAGAUGUAUCUCCAGUUUGUGAUACCCUGUUCUCCUGUAAUUCGUGGUAUUUGCGGCUGAAAUUAUCUACAGUAAACAACGUGAGAGAAAGAGGAGAUCAGUAUUUGUACAUCCAAUAAUAUGUUGUUUCCAUCUAUAAAUCAAGAAUAACUGAAAAUGCUUUACACCAAUAGCCCAUUCUGUUAUCGCCUUGCACACUAGGAGCUUACUCUUUAGCGCUGCUCUGCGUGUAGCCGUCUUUCACACCUUUGAUGCUCGGCGCAUCCCUUCUGUGAACGUAACGCCAAAUGCCAAGAUGCCACAUGAUCCUAGGUAUCAUCAAAGUCAAGCCUAGUACAACUGUGGUCCAUAACAUGGGCGUCCAGUUUCUGAUUUCCCAUCGCUCCUCACCCAAGGCCCACACCGUUACGUAUAAAUGCAUGGCAUCGCCAACCAGAAGCGGAGUCAGGAGUGCAUUGACGAUUUGCUCCUGCAGAGCAGGCUGCACAGACAAGUGCUUUCUUGCAGCGGAUAAAACGAAAAAGUUGACUACGCCGAUGAGGGCACAAACAUGGGCGAGUUGUACGACUGUCACGAUAGAAGCUUUCGGUAUAGCCUCUGGAGGCGAACUGCCAGUUGGCCAGGGCGCUUGGGUAUUAUGAGCUGAUACAGGAUCAUGGAGAGUGCCGAUGAAACCGAGCAGAGUCAAUGCUGGUUCGUAGAAACCAAAGAGGGCAUAGUAAAAAUCAGGGAUGGCGGAAGGACGUGGUUGAUGCAUGGGGGGAUGUGUAAAACUGUAGCAGCAGGCUACUACGGCAGACGUCAAGCCGUGUAUCUUGUGAUGUGAUGCUGCCCGUUCUAUAUACGUUUACUGCUGGGGUUCAAUUUUGUACAACGUUCACCCUUGGCCCGGUUUUUUCGAAAUUUCUCCAAGCCAACAAUGAAUUUGACUUGGGCUCUGAUAGCUUCCUUCCUGCGAAUAGUUACUUGUUUGCCAUACCAGUGGGAAGAGAAAGACUGAUAAUAGGCAAUGCCGUACCCAGACAGGCCCGGGGUUCACAGUACUCGGCAUC